GUAUGGAAUAUAGUAUAUACACAUACUGAUCUGCAUAGUUAAGGACCUCCACUCGUUAGCAUGAGCAGUGGAUGGUGGGUUGCCAAUCCUGCUGGUGGAGCACCGGCAGGACCUUACAGUGAGCCAGCGCUAAAAGGCCUGUUGGACGAUGGGUUCCUAACGGCGGACUCGCACGUCUGGUGCGAGGGGCGGACGGAAUGGAAGAAGCUGCGGGAAACAGAAGACCUGAAGUACCUCACAGAGGAGGGCGACGGGGCUGGAGGCAGGCCUAAGCGCAGCAGGCGUGACGUGUCGGAGCUGGCCACGCUGGAUGCUGAGCUGGAAGCCAUGAAGGCUGAGAAGGCGGCAGCAGCAGCAGCUGCUGCGGCUGCGGCGGGUGGUGACGGCGACGGUGAGGACAUGCGGCCGGGCGAUGGUCCCGCCACGCCGGAGGAGCUGGAGUUUGAGGACGACGACGGCACGGUGUAUGUCUGGGACCGAAGACUGCGGAAAUACAUGCCGAAAGAGGACGGGGAGGGGCCGGAGGGCAAGGCCGGAAUGGACGAGCUCGGGUACGACAUCGAUGCCAUGACGUACCAGCCUGAGGAUGAGGUCAUUCCCACGCUGGCUCAAGCAAAGGCGGCGGAAGCCGAGGCAGCUGCGGCGGCGGAGGCGGAGGAGACGCAGAAGCGGGACCGCAGGAAAACAGGGCAGGCGGCAAGCAGCAGCGGUGCUGCCAAACCAGACCUCAAGGACCCCGCAGCAGCAGCGGGUGGUGCUAAUAACGCCCAUGCAGCCGGCAAGGCUGGGGCCGUCCAGAAGGCUGCUGGCGCUGCUGCGGCCGGCGCUGCGGGCGAUGCUGCAGCGGGCGCAAAGGGGAAGGUCGCGGAGGGGAAGCAGCAGCUGGUGGAGGGUGCGGCUGCGGAGGCAGGCGGAGGAGCGGCGGCGGAGGGUGCGGAGGGCGAGGAAGGCGCGCAGCAGAGAGGGAAGAGGGGGAGGCCUGGGAAGGGGAAGAAGGAGGAGCAGCCGGCGAAUUGGUUUGAUCUGAAGAUCAACACCAACGUCUACGUCACGGGACUACCGCUGGACACCACCAUCCAGGAGGUGAACGAGGUGUUCGGCAAGUGCGGCAUCAUCAAGGUGGACGAGAAGGGGCAACCCAGAAUCAAGCUGUACAGGGACAAGGCCACCGGAAUGCUGAAGGGCGACGCGCUCGUAUCGUAUCUCAAGGAGCCCUCUGUCGACCUGGCAUGUCGCUUCCUGCACCACUCCUACUUCAGGGCCAACAUGGGCACGUGCAUGACCGUUGAGCCGGCCAAGUUUGAGAUGAAGGGCGAGACCUACCAGGCCAAGAGCACAAAUAAGAAGGAAAAGAAGAAGCAGCUGGCCCAGCUAGAGCAGCGGGCGCUGGGUUGGGGCGGCUUCGACGACAAGGCGCCCCCCGAGAAGAGCACGGCGGUGCUGUCGAACAUGUUUGCGCCCGACGAUUUCCUGGAGAACAUGUUGCUUGCGGAGGAGCUGGAGCAGGACGUGCGGUCCGAGUGCGCCAAGCUGGGGGGCAUCGAGAAGGUCCGCAUCUUCAAACACAACCCGCAGGGCAUUGUGACGGUGCGUUUCCGUACCGCAGAGGCGGCGCAGCAGUGCGUGGCGCUCAUGCAUGGGAGGUAUUUUGGCGGUCGGCGGCUGGAGGCGUUCAUGUGGGACGGCUUCACCAACUAUAAUGUCAAGCCCAAGGAAACUGCGGAGGAGGAGCAGGCUAGGCUGGAGGCCUUCGCCCGGGAGCUUGAAGCCCAGGAAGAGAAGGCGGCGGCUGAAGCGGCGGCGGCGGCGGCCGGGAAAGCGGCGGCGGCGGCGGCGGCCGGGAAAGCGGCGGCGGCGGCGGGGGAGGGCAAGACGGCCGCAGAAGCCGCCAUGGAUGUUGACGGGGUUGCGAGUUCGGGUUCGGGUGCGGUCGCCGAACGACAGGAGCCGGCGCCAGCUGCGGUGCAGGCGGCGGCCGAUAGCUAGGGGCUGCGAGGAGUAGGGUUGUGAAGGCUUCCGAAGGCUUGUGGAAGGGGGUAAUGUGCUACUGUUGCGGCUGUUGGGUGUUGGUUGUUAGGAUUGAUCCUGGCUAGAGAUGGGGUUGACAGGUUUUCCUAUAAAGGCCGUGUGGAGGAGAAAUGCGACGUGGGGGCCCAGCUCCGUGUGGGCUGGAGCUAAGGGUGUCGGGGGUCGUUGCGGAGGUAGGCGGAUGUAGACAUGUCAUGUGCUGACGUCAUGGGAUUGCAGCUAGAAGAUACACGUUAACGGUCGAUUCCGUUGCAGCAGCAGCAUACUAUGCUACUUGCUCUGCCGUACGCACGUCGCUUUACAGUUGUCGACACCACAAAAUGGCCAAGCAGGUGCGCUACGAGAGC